AUGCCCUCUCUCCCUCCUCCACCAAAACUCUCCAGUCUCUCAAAACUUCACUCGAAUCCCACCAAACGACACAUCGCCAAAAACCUUCCUUGCAUAAUCCAACCCUUCAUUAACAUCUCCAAUCAAUCCCAGCUCACGCAAGCAGUCUCUUCUCUUCAGGUUUUAUCAAGCAAAGGCAUUCGCUUACCUUGUCAAACGCUAGCUUACCUUAUACAACGAUGCGCUAAUUUCAAGUCUCUUAAAUUAGGCAAAUGGGUUCAUAUUCAUUCGAAAGUAACUGGAUUAAAAAGACCCGGUACGUUUUUAUCUAAUAAUUUGAUUCGUAUGUAUGUACAAUGUGGUGAUCAUGUUAGUGCUUAUAAAGUGUUUGAUAAAAUGUCCGACAGAAAUUUGUACUCUUGGAAUAAUAUGCUUUCUGGGUAUGCUAAAUUAGGCAUGAUAAAGCCAGCUAGGAAGUUAUUUGAUAAAAUGCCUGAGAGAGACACUGUUUCCUGGAAUACUAUGGUUAUUGGGUAUGCUCAAAAUGGGUUUUUUAGUGAAGGUUUGAGGUUUUAUAAGGAGUUUAGGAGAUUAGGGGUUGGGUACAAUGAGUAUAGUUUUGCAGGGUUAAUGACUGUUUGUGUUAAGUCUAAGGAAUUGGGACUUGUUAAACAGGGCCAUGGGCAGGUUUUGGUUGCUGGAUUAUUGUGUAACGUGGUGAUUUUGAGCUCGGUUGUUGAUGGAUAUGCGAAAUGUGGAGACAUGAGUGAUGCAAAGAGGUUGUUUGAUGGGAUGAAUGUGAAGGAUGUUCUUGCAUGGACAACAAUGGUUUCAGGGUAUGCACAGUGUGGAGAUAUGGAGGCGGCUAGGGAAUUGUUUGAUUUGAUGCCUAACAAGAAUUCGGUUUCGUGGACGGCUUUGAUUUCUGGGUAUGUUAGACAUGGUUUGGUGUAUAAGGCACUUGAGUUGUUUACAAAGAUGAUGAUGUCAGGCAUUAGACCGGAUCAAUUUACGUUUAGUAGUUGUCUUUGUGCUUGUGCCAGUAUAGCUUCGAUUAAGCUUGGUAAGCAAAUACAUGGUUAUUUGAUAAGAACAAAUUUUAGACCUAAUACAAUUGUUGUGAGUUCUCUCAUUGACAUGUAUUCAAAAUGUGGAAGUUUGGAAGUUGGGAGGCUGGCUUUUGAUCUUAUGGGUAAUAAGCAAGAUGUUGUCUUGUGGAACACCAUGAUUUAUGCUUUGGCACAACAUGGUCAUGGUGAAGAAGCCAUUCAGAUGUUUGAUUGCAUGGUUAGAAAUGGAUUAACACGAGAUAGGAUAACAUUGGCUGUCGUUCUCAAUGCAUGCAGUCAUGCAGGUCUUGUGGAAGAAGGGCUCAGGUUAUUUGAAUCCAUGACUUGGGGUCAUGGUGUUGUUCCCGAUCAGGAACAUUAUGCAUGCUUGAUUGAUCUCCUGGGUCAAGCAGGAAAUUUUGACAAGUUGAUGGGCCAACUUGAGAAGAUGCACUGCAAGCCUAACAGUCAGAUUUGGAAUGCUGUAAUUGGUGUUUGUAGAAUCCAUGGGAACAUAGAGUUGGCAAGGAAAGUAGCUGAACAGCUUAUAGAGUUGGAGCCACUGUCCCCUGCAGCCUAUAUGCUACUAUCAAGUGUAUAUGCUGAACUUGGGAGAUUGGACUUGGUAGAGAAAGUCAGACAGCGUAUGAAAGAGAGACGUGUAAGGAAGGAGCCAUUUAUUAGUUGGAUAGAGAUUGAAAGUAAAGUGCAUGUUUUCUCUUUCUCAGAUAGGUCACACCCUUUGAAAGAAGUGAUAUAUUCAGUCUUGGAACAAUUAGCUGGCCAGAUGGAAGAGGAAGUUUCAUCAACUAUUGCUGAAAGGUAG